AGGAUUAAUAAACGUUCGGCGUUUCGCAUUUCAGUUGUUCAUUUGACGCGGCGCUUAACGGUUCAGUUUACAGUUACAGUUGCAGUUACAGUUACAGUUACUGUUGCAUUUACCGUUACUAUUUUUUUUUUGUUUGAAGUGCCUGUGUGCGUGGAGAAAACUUAAUUAUAGAUCCUGGACUCGCAGGAUAAACUCAACCCGCCGGACAAAAAAUAAAGAUUAUAAUUAAAAAAUAAUAAUUUCAAAGAACAAACCCAUUAAAACACAUACAAUUUUUUUGUUAAAGUUCAUUCAAGUGUCUAAAAUGAUUUUAAUAAAGCAUUUGCCCUAAAAUACUUAACAACUUUAAACAAAACUAUUUUAUUGUGAAAGAGAUAGUUAAUUAUUGUUAUAAACAGCGAACGGAAAAGGACCUUAAUCCUUCAGCGAAAUGCAGAGUUCAAAGUCCUUUUUGAUACGAGAUCUACUGGGAGAUCUGAUCACUCGACGGCAAACAGAUUCGGAACUGGAACUCUCGAAUGAUGAUUCGGACAUCGAUAUUGAGGACCGUUCCACGCCCGACUCCACAGCCGCCGGCUGCCAGCAGGAGCUGCUCCUGGCGCACCGUCACUCGCACCACCACCACCACCUGCCGCACCACCACCCGCACCAUCAUCAUCAUCACGGCUUCGCCCACCACCAGGACGAGUCCAGUGUAGAGUCCUGCGGCUCGGCCACUCCAGGACCUCCAGGCAGUGGUGCCAGUCUAAGUGCUGCUGCUGCUGUUGCCGCCGGUCUUUUGGCGGCUGCCGCUUCGGGGGGUGAGGGCGCGGCUGGCGGAGGCGGGGGAGCAGGAGGAUCUGGAGGCGGAGGAGGAUCUGCAGGAGCAGGAGGAGCUGGCGGAGGCGGCAGUAGUGGAGGACCAGGAGGCGGCUCCUAUGCGGAUCACAAGCUGCAGCUGAGCAAGAGCGGAAGGAAGCCACGUCGCCGGCGCACCGCCUUCACCCACGCCCAGUUGGCCUACUUGGAGCGCAAGUUCCGCUGCCAGAAGUACCUCAGCGUGGCGGAUCGCAGUGAUGUGGCCGAGACCCUUAAUCUCUCCGAGACCCAGGUCAAGACCUGGUACCAAAAUCGACGAACCAAAUGGAAGCGACAGAACCAGUUACGUUUGGAGCAACUUCGUCACCAGGCCACCUUGGAGAAGGACUUUGUGGUGCAGGAGGGUGGUGGCGGUGGUGGGGCACUGGGAUGCUGCCCCACCGGUCUGAGCGGUACGUUUAGUGCUGCCGCUGCCGCCGCCGCUGCUGCCAGCAAUCCGUGCAACUUUCUCACAUCCGCCGCCGCGGCGGCUAUAUUCCGGAAUGUCGGUUAUGUCCAUGGAUGUCCCAUGUAGAAGAAGAUUAGCUCCUCCAACCACGCCCAUACGCCUCCAAGUCCCACUUAACCACCAAAAGCCUAUGUAUAUAAUGAAAUAUAACUUUUUUGUGCAAUAAUCGAAAAUGAAAAGUGGUUUAUAAUAUUUAAAAUCGAAAAAAAAGAGUAACCUAUAUAUAUAUAUAUAUAUAUAUAUUAU